GGCGCUAGCUCCUCCGCGACUCCGCGACGGCCUCCUUUCGGCCGCCCGCCCUCCCGCCGCGCCAGCCGCCCGCAGCCGCGCCGCCGCGCGCUCUUGGCCCGCCGGCUCCCGCCCGCAGUCGUCGGCCCCGGGCGGACCGGGCUCCGCGCGCUCUCGCGAGAAGAGCACCGCUGCUGGCAGUGCGGUGCCGGAGCUGGAGCGGGCUCUCCGGAGGCCGGAGAUGGGGUGCUGCGCCCUGAAGCCGCAGCUGCUGCUGCUGGCGUUUGUCUUCCAGCUCUGGAAUCCCUGCCUGGGUGCGGACUCGGGGAAGCCUUCCAGUAUCCCCACAGAUAAAUUAUUAGUCAUAACGGUAGCAACAAAAGAAAGUGAUGGAUUCCAUCGAUUUAUGCAGUCUGCCAAAUACUUCAAUUAUACUGUGAAGGUCCUUGGUCAAGGAGAAGAGUGGAGAGGUGGUGCUGGAAUUAAUAGUAUUGGAGGGGGCCAGAAAGUGAGAUUAAUGAAAGAAAUCAUGGAACAUUAUGCCAAUCAAGAGGAUUUGGUUGUUUUGUUUACUGAAUGCUUUAAUGUCAUAUUUGCUGGUGGUCCAGAAGAAGUUCUAAAAAAGUUUCAAAAGUCAAACCACAAAGUGGUGUUUGCAGCAGAUGGAAUUCUGUGGCCAGAUAAAAGACUAGCAGACAAGUAUCCCAUUGUGCACAUUGGGAAACGCUACCUGAAUUCAGGAGGAUUUAUUGGUUAUGCUCCGUAUAUCAACCAGAUAGUUCAACAGUGGAAUCUCCAGGAUAAUGAUGAUGAUCAGCUAUUUUACACCAAAAUUUACAUUGAUCCACUGAAGAGGGAAGCUAUUAACAUCACAUUGGAUCACAAAUGCAAAAUUUUCCAGACUUUAAAUGGAGCUGUAGAUGAAGUUGUUUUGAAAUUUGAAAAUGGCAAAGCCAGAGCUAAGAAUGUAUUUUAUGAAACAUUACCAGUGGCAGUUAAUGGAAAUGGACCCACCAAGAGGUCCAUUAAAAUGACCACAUUGACUCUUGAAAUGUCAUUAAUGAAUUUCAUUCUCCUGAAUUAUUUUGGAAACUAUGUACCGAACGCAUGGACGCAGGAUAAUGGCUGCACUCUUUGUGAUGUGGAUACAAUUGACUUAUCUACGGUAGAUGUCCAUCCAAAUGUAACAAUAGGAGUUUUUAUUGAACAACCAACCCCUUUCCUACCUCGAUUUCUGGACGUAUUGUUGACACUGGAUUACCCAAAAGAAGCGCUUAAGCUCUUUAUUCAUAACAAAGAAGUUUAUCAUGAAAAGGACAUCAAAGUAUUUUUUGAUAAAGCUAAACAUGAAAUCAAUACUAUAAAAAUAGUAGGACCAGAAGAAAAUCUAAGUCAAGCUGAAGCCAGAAACAUGGGAAUGGAUUUUUGCCGUCAGGAUGAAAACUGUGAUUAUUAUUUUAGUCUGGAUGCAGAUGUUGUUUUGACAAAUCCAAGGACCUUAAAAAUUUUGAUUGAACAAAACAGAAAGAUCAUUGCUCCUCUCGUAACUCGUCAUGGAAAGCUAUGGUCCAACUUCUGGGGAGCCUUGAGUCCUGAUGGAUACUAUGCUCGAUCUGAAGAUUAUGUGGAUAUUGUUCAAGGGAAUAGAGUGGGGAUAUGGAAUGUCCCAUACAUGGCUAAUGUGUACUUAAUUAAGGGAAAGACACUUCGAUCAGAGAUGAAUGAAAGGAACUAUUUUGUUCGUGAUAAAUUGGAUCCUGAUAUGGCUCUGUGCCGAAAUGCUAGAGAAAUGACUUUACAAAGGGAAAAAGACUCCCCUACUCCGGAAACAUUCCAAAUGCUCAGCCCCCCAAAGGGUGUGUUUAUGUACAUUUCUAAUAGACAUGAAUUUGGAAGACUUUUAUCAACUGCUAAUUACAAUACUUCCCAUUAUAACAAUGACCUCUGGCAAAUUUUUGAAAAUCCCGUGGACUGGAAGGAGAAGUAUAUAAACCGUGAUUAUUCAAAGAUUUUCACUGAAAAUAUAGUUGAACAGCCUUGUCCUGAUGUCUUUUGGUUUCCCAUCUUUUCUGAAAAAGCCUGUGAUGAAUUGGUGGAAGAAAUGGAGCAUUAUGGCCAGUGGUCUGGGGGGAAACAUCAUGAUAGCCGUAUAUCUGGUGGUUAUGAAAAUGUCCCAACUGAUGAUAUCCACAUGAAGCAAAUUGAUCUGGAGAAUGUAUGGCUUCAUUUUAUCCGGGAGUUUAUUGCACCUGUUACACUGAAGGUCUUUGCAGGUUAUUAUACGAAGGGGUUUGCUCUAUUGAAUUUUGUAGUAAAAUACUCCCCUGAAAGACAGCGCUCUCUUCGCCCUCAUCAUGACGCUUCUACAUUUACCAUCAACAUUGCACUCAAUAACGUGGGAGAAGAUUUUCAGGGAGGUGGAUGCAAAUUUCUAAGGUACAAUUGCUCUAUUGAAUCACCCAGAAAAGGCUGGAGCUUCAUGCAUCCAGGGAGACUCACACAUUUGCAUGAAGGACUUCCUGUUAAAAAUGGAACGAGAUACAUUGCAGUGUCAUUUAUAGACCCCUAAGUUAUUUACUUUUCAUUGAAUUGAAUCUUCUUUUGGAACGGACGAACAUGUCUUUGAAGUUGUGCUUGAGAAGAUGAGAGGAAUAUUUAAAUAACUUCAACAGAACAACUUCACUUUGGGCCAAACAUUUGAAAAACUUUUUGUAAAAAAUUGUUUGAUACUUCUUAAUGUCUGCUCUGAGCCUUAAAACACAGAUUGAAGAAGAAAAGAAAGAAAAAGUAAAAGCAAAUAUUUAUUUCUAUGCCUUAUUUUCUCUGAGAAUAAUGACAGUUUUCUGAAUUUGUGUUUCAAUUGAUAAAAUAUUCAGCUAUAAAUGUACAAGUGACAAGAGACUAAUAAUAUUUUAUUAAAAAAGCAUGGGAAGAAUUUUAUUUAUUAACAUGUAAACAAAAUGAAUAUAAGUGAAAAUUGAUAAUUUUUGAAACAUUGGAAAACUGGAGUUAUAACUAAAUUUGUAUGCAACUAAUUGUGUAAGUACUUUUUUUUAUGACCUAUACAGGUACCUUUUAUAGUAGUUACUGAAGGAAUACAAAGAACAGUAAAUAUUACACAAUGUUUUUCCUCAAGAAACUUAGUACAGAAUACAACUGAGGUUUAGAGCCAGUUGAAAACAUUUUUGUUUAGAUUGUUAGACAGAUUUUGUUUUGUUACAUUUGUAUUAGAAAUCAAACCCUAUAUUCCUUCAGAUUAAUUUUCCAAGGUGGACUAUAUUGAGUAGGUAUUAGAUUUAGGAAAGUUUUCAAGCCUUUCCAUUUUGUGAAGUAUAUCAAAUAUCAACUUAAGAUCAGCAAGUGUCCUUGAGUCAAAACAGGCUUUUGAUUUUAAUUCUAGAAAAUAAUGAGGAAAAAGAAAAUUUCAUGAGAUUAGUAGUAGCAUUUUAUGAUUUUUAAAAAACUUGGUUAAGUACUUGAAUUUUAUAUCAGGAAAAUAAAGUUGGUGAGCCUUUCUUCUUCUCUUUGCCCUUUGUCUCCUUCUUAUUCUUUUUUAGAGAAGGUUAUUUACCUUUUUGUCUUUCCAGCAUAGUCUCCAUUUUAUCCUUCCUAUUCUUUUUGUUACCUUUUCUUAAUCCCAUUUUUAAAAAAUUCCCCAGCACAAAAAAUUUGUGACUUGAUUUUUCACCAUUUCUCUGAGUGAGGUUUAAAUAUACUUAUUACAGCUACUGUUUUUAAUUUAAAGGUUAAACUUGAAAUAAAGUUGUAAGUCAUGGUGCCAAAAUUCACUUUUCUAACACCAUGUGUUAGAAAAUUAUGAAAAAUAAAAUAAUUAAAAUAAGUUUCUGUUGGCCUCUUUAUUACUUGGUGAUUUAUCUUUAGAAGAGAAUGUAUGAUGGAGUAUCCUAAAGCAAUAUCUGGAUGUAAUAGGCUAUGAUUUUUUCAUUUUGAUUGCUAUAUUUACUGAUGAUAUUAUAACUUAAUGAAAACUCUACUUACUGAAUUAUGAAUUGCAUUGUAUUAUCUUCAAUUUCAUAAUGACUGGGGAUUGAUCUAAUUUAUUUUACAAGUGAAGAAAUACAGACAAACAUUUAUUCAAUAUAUAUUUAUCUAUUCAGUGGUAUAUUUAUUUAUUUAUUGACUCUUCAGAUCACAUUUAUUAGGGGGAUGAUUUUUUUUUAAUUAUGUUCAAUUAGCCAGCAUAUAGUACAUCAUUAGUUUUUGAUGUAGUGUACCAUGAUUCGUUAGUUGCGUAUAACACCCAGUGCUCAUCACAAUGCGUGCCCUCCUUAAUACCCAUCACCCAGCUACCCCAUUCCCCCCACCGCCCCUCUCUUCUGUAACUCUGUUCGUUUCCUGGAGUCCAGAGUCUCUCAUGGUUUGUCUCCCCCUCUGAUUUCUUCCCAUUCAGUUUUCCCUCCCUUCCCCUGUGGUCCUCCACACUAUUCCUUAUGUUCCACAUAUGAGUGAAACCAUAUGAUAAUUGUCUUUCUCUGCUUGACUUAUUUCAAUUAGCAUAAUCCCCUCCAGUUCCAUCCAUGUCGAUGCAAAUGGUGGGUAUUCAACCUUUCUGAUGGCUGAGUAAUAUUCCAUUGUAUGUAUGUAUUCAGUGGUGUUUUUCAAGUCCCUACUAUGGGCCAUGCAGUGUUCUAGGCCCUGAGGAGAUAGUGAUGAUCAAGAUUAUAAUCACUGGAAGAUGGACUUAGGAAAUAAGGAAGUUGGGUUCUACCUCUUUUCUCUUCUUUGGUGGCACUUAAUACUCGAAGUAAAUUCCUACAGCCCAUCAACUUUGUUGAAGAGACAUGUUAUUAAUUAUUUCUGAAUUACAUUACAAUACUUCAGGGAUGGUAUUCUAAAUAUGUAACAACUGGUAUGUCGUGGAUACCAGCCAAUCAGAGCAGACUCUGGUUAUAAACUGUUAACAGAGUGCAAGCAGCAUAAUGUCCCUUGUGAUACACUUCAGAAGAAAGACAUCUGCUAGAUCCUAGUUCUUUUCAGUUGUGGUUCACAUGCGUGGCAACCUAUAGUAACUAUUUUAAUCUCAUGCUAUGUUUUCAGAAACUGGAUCAAGGCAGUCAGUAGCAUUUUCUAUCUUCCCUCUUGUCCCAAGUUUCAUGAAAUUAUAUGAAAUGUACUUUUAAAAAGAACAAUUCAUAAUUAGUGAGGAAAAGUGUGAAAAUUCCCGUAAGUAGAUCAGCAAAUUGGAAAGAUGGAAAAUAGGUAGGAUUGGAUGCAUGGAGAACACUCAGCUCUGUCAACCACCAAUCUGUUCUUCUGUUUCUGUGAGUUCAUUUUUUUAGAUUGCACAUGUAAGUGAUAUGCAGUGUUUGUCUUUCUCUGUCUAACUUAUUUCACUUAGCAUAAUGCCCUCAAGGCUUGUUCAUGCUGUCACAAAUUGUAGUAUUUCCUUCCUUUUUAAGAUUGAAUAAUAUUCCCUUGUAUAUAUACCACAAUUUCUUUAUGCAUUCAUCCACCUGUGAACACUUAGGUUGUUUCCAUGUCUUGGCUAUUAUAAAUCACGCUGCUACAGUGAACAUGAGGAUGCAGAUUGUUUUUUGAGAUAAUGAUUUUCUUUCAGAUACACUCCCAGAAUUGGAAUUGCUAGAUCAUAUCCUUGCUAUUUUUAGUGCUUUAUGGAAGUGAAAUCUUUUACUCUGAAUAUAUAUUUGUGUAUUGUUUAAUAUAAAGAACAAACAGUAGAAAGAAAAGGGGGGGAAUUCCCAUAACUAAUUUAAUUUGAAUAAAUGGAAGUAUAUUGAUGUCAAUAGUAACUAUUUGUGUUUAUGCAUACAUGUUUGUGUGUGUGUGUGUGUAUACAUGUAUUCCCAGAGAGCUUUAAAUGCUCAUAUUGGUGGCUUUUUUCCUAAUUCUAAAUGUGCAUAGGAAUUAAUGUGAAUAUUUUUCCUUAAUACAGAUACUUUACCAUAGCACAAACCCUCCCCAACAUAACAUAAUAAUUAAAAAAAAAAAAAAGGAAAAAAAUACAGAUACUUUAGUAGUAGUUCAGUAUAUUAAUUUUCUUGAUUCUGGUUCAUUUUUUAAAAACACUAAUAAUUUACUUGCAUUGGUAACUAACCGAAGAGAUCAAAUACCCCUUCACAGAAUUAAAAUAAGGAAAACUAUUACCAUAUGGAUUGAGUCCCUUCUGUCCAUCCUAAUAACAAUCUCUUUAUAUAUUCCUUCACUCCUAUUUUCUUGUCUGUCAUCUGCACUUACUAAUUUCUCUGCUUGCUAAGCCCUACAGUCCAUCUUGUAUGACAUAUUGGGGGCCUGUCAUUGAUUUGGAAUAUGGAGUGGUCUAUUCAACAGAUCUCUUCGAGUUGCAGGGAAAGCCAAAUACAAUUUUUAGUCACAGUUGAGAGUCGGUCUCAGCAAAUAGCCCUCUUUGACUAGAUGUUGACUAUUUUGGAAAAUUAAAGUCCUUAAGACUUCAUGAAAGCAGCCUUUGUCAAACAGCGCUGUUUAUCUGUGGUCUUUCAGAAUAGCAAGCUACAGACUUCUUUUAGAAUAACUCUUAUUAAGAAAAAGCCCUUGGGGUGAAAAAAGGGGAAAAUGUAUAAAACUCUUUAAUGAUAGCAAUGAAUUUUGGAUGAAAUUUGAAGAGAAAUACAAAUAAGUAAUGGAAAGAGUAGAAAACUACAUGUAGACUUGUUUUAAAAUGUGAAGUACAGUAUAGCUUAAUUAUUCUAAUAAAAGGAACUAGAAAAAUUGGAAAGAUGAGUAUACAUGCUAGGGAUGUGUGGACUUUAUAAAUCUAAACUUUUCCUGACAGCUUUCUUUUAAGAAUUAAAUUAUAUUUUUGCAUCAUGGUUAAUAUAUUAAAAUAGAUUAUGUGGGGGGCACCUGGGUGGCUCAAUCAGUUAAGCCGUUGUCUUCCCCUCCGGUCUUGAUCUCUGGGUCCUGGGACCUUGUUGGGCUCGUUGCUCAGUGGGGAGCCUGCUUCUCCCUCUGCCUCUGCCUGUCGCACCCCCGGCUUGUGCUCUCUCACUUGUGCGUUCUCUCUCUCUCUCAUAGAUAAAUAAAAUCUUAAAAAAAAAAAAAAAAAAA